UGGGCACAGAUUUUCUGGUGUGGAGCUCCUGCUGCUGACUGAAUGCAGAGGAAAAACUGAAAGCUGAUCUCCAGACCUCCCUGCAGCUUCAGGGGAGAUUGUCAGAUGUGUACCCAACACUCUAAGCCCCUGGCCUGGCCGAGGGGAUGGCAGCCUCUGCCCUGAACCUGAACGGCCUGGGAGUCAUGAACAGCAGUAAUCAGUUUCACACCCAGUCAGGCUCCUCUAGUACCACCUCGCGAACUAGUCCCGUCGCCCGACCGGUGCUGCCGGUUCCAGAUCGGAGCACCUACUGCCAGUUACUGGGUGGGGGUCUCUACAGCCCUACCAGCCCCAAGACGAGCCCCCCACCCUUCAGUCAAACCUUUGCCUUUCCCACUUCAUCCUCGCUCUGCCCUAGCCCCUCCCCUCGUGCUCGCUCACCCUCCCCGCGGAGUCCGGAGCUUCUGGGAGUCAAUGUGGGCCAGCGGGUCCGGCGCCUGAGCUCACCCAGCGGUGAGGAGAGCGGUGAAGGAGACGGGCUGGACGAGAGGGGAGGAGAGACGGGAGAGGGGGGCAGGCGAGAGGAGAGGAGACGCCAGGCGCAGCUGCUGCAAAUCAGCAGAGAGCUGCAGAACGUUGAGGUCAGGGGAAAAGUUGGCAUUUUCGAGGCCCACAUUUCCGGGAUUCGUGCCCAGGUGCUUAAUAGCGAGCUCCAGCGCAGCCCUCGAUCUCCGAGACGAUCAACAUCACAUCCCGGCCAAGGGAACACAGCUCUUACAUGCCCAAUGACCCAGCCGCAAGAGAGUCAAGUUCCCUGUGUUGUCCAAAAUGGUAGAGAAAAGGGAGAAGAAGUAAUGGCAGGAGAAAGGAGAGAAGGAGGAAGGAACGACAGCAGUGAUACACAAAUGAACGCUGAGAAUAAGACGCUGAUUGGUCAAAAUGGCCGCCAUUCAGAAACAGUGAUGCAAACUCCUUGUUCAGAUGGGUCGUUUGUUGUUCAGGGUUCCCUUGAGGCUUGCGACCCAAAUGCAAAAACAGACAGAGAGAAACAGGAGGGAGAAAUUCUGGGACCAAGUGAGGGAGAAAAAGACAGAAGGGAGGGAGAAAACAAACAAAUUCUGGAUGUUGAAAGAGAACGGACAGAGGAAGAGGUGAGAGAUGAGAAAGAGAACUGGUUGUGUCCCGAGAUGCUCCAGACAGAGGCAAACAGGCCGGAGGUUAACCCUGAAACCGCUGCUUUGUGUCAGGCACGAAGCAGUGAGCGCUCCCCUUGUUUGGACAUCCCCAAUCAGACCUCCAACCACUUUCUCUCCAUCCCACCAUCCAUCCCUGCAGUCAUAAUAACUGACCAUGGCUUGGAGAGCCAGCUUCAAACUUCUGAAGGCCCAGGCUCAGACCAGGGAAUAUGCUGCACCCCUAGUCCCGGUUCCAGCCCUGUCCCUGGGCCAAACUUCUCCACACGCUCCCUCAGGAAGCUUUCGUCCUCCUCUGCCUCAUCAGCCGGUUUCUCCUCAUCUUGGGAGGAGUCGGAGGAGGAUAUUUCCAGUGAUACAGAGAAAGGGGAGCAGCUUCUCAACCCUGCAGUCCUCAGUUCUCAACAGAAAGCACACAAGUCUUGGAAGAAGAUUAAGAACAUGGUCCACUGGUCUCCGUUUGUCAUGUCCUUCAAGAAGAAAUAUCCCUGGAUACAACUGGCAGGGCACGCAGGGAGCUUCAAGGCAGGAGCCAACGGUCGCAUUUUAAAAAAACACUGUGAAUGUGAGCAGCGCUGCUUGUCCCUCCUGAUGAGGGACGUGCUGCGCCCCUACGUCCCUGGUUACCAUGGAGAUGUAGAGAAGGACGGCCAGAAGUACAACCAGAUGGAGGAUCUGCUGGCCGAGUUCGACUUUCCAUGUGUGAUGGACUGUAAGAUGGGAGUGAGAACCUAUCUAGAGGAAGAGCUGACCAAGGCUCGCAAGAAGCCUUCUCCGAGACCUGACAUGUAUCAGAAAAUGAUUGAGGUUGAUCCUGUGGCAGCUACACCCGAGGAAAACGACCAGAAAGCGGUGACCAAACCCAGAUACAUGCAAUGGAGAGAGACCAUAAGCUCAACGGCCACCCUGGGAUUCAGGAUAGAGGGAGUCAAGAAGGAGGAUGGGACAGUGAACAGAGAUUUUAAGAAGACAAAGACAAGAGAGCAAGUUACUACAGCCUUUCACGACUUUGUCAAAGGAAAUAAGGACGUGCUGGUAAGUGUGCUGAAUAGUUACCUAACCAGGCUGAAGGAAAUCAGAGACACUCUUGAGACCUCCCCCUUCUUCAAAACCCACGAGGUGAUUGGCAGCUCCUUGUUGUUCGUUCACGACAGUAAAGGGCGGGCCAAAGUCUGGAUGAUUGACUUUGGGAAAACCACACCUCUUCCUGAUGGAGAGGAACUCACCCACCGAGCAUUGUGGGUAGAGGGCAACAGAGAAGAUGGCUACUUUUUUGGACUUGAUAGUUUGGUGGACAUCAUUUCAUCCAUGUUGAACUCUGAGACUUGAAGUCUGAGGAGUUUUGAAUUGGACAUUUGGACUCACAACAGUCGGGGAACACUCUGGAUUUCCUCGUGGAUGCUCUCAGACAUUUGUCCUCAUCUUGGUAAACACAUCAUCCCACAACAACGCCUGGCCCAUUCACUGACGGAUGCAUUGUAUUUAUUCUUAUGUAGUGGAGUUUUAGGAUCUACACUUUAACCAUUCAUAGCCUUCUUGUGUUUUCCAUAACCCCUCCAGGGUUUCCCAGCAGACAUUUUAACUUGUCACAGCAGGAGAAACUCAGUUACAUUAACAAUGUCCCAGUAAUCCACGAGCCAGCACGCACAGAAUGUGCUUCUUCUCCUGUGACUUGUAAAAAUGACAGUAAGAAAAAGUGUAUUUUUCAUAUUCUAUAGUUCUCAAUACAAAUUCAAGGAAUAGGCAAGAAAUAUUCUAUGUUUCUAUAUAUUCUAAGAUUCUCAAACUCGAUGAAUCUCUCAUCUACUUUGAAACUUGUUUGUGGGCCUCAACCCCAAACACAUUGGUUCCUAUGAAGAUGUUUCUAUCAUGUUACAAAUAUUUAUUUUAAAUAGAAAUCAGAAUAUGUUAGGUUUUGUCUUUUCAUGGAAUUUGUUUGACACUA